UGGUCAGUCGUCAAUGUAAAUGUCACACAGCCAGGGAGAGACGGACAGAUAUUCCUGUGGGCUCUACUGUGUUGUUGUUUUAUUUUUAUUUUCGUUAGAAAAUAUUUCAGCGUUCACUUGGAAUAGAUGAUCGCCAUCGCCUUAUUUCCUUGUUUGAUUGUUUAACUGGUAAUCUUUUUCAUAUAAACGAUUAAGGAUAUUUUGCGAGAGAGAAAAAAAAGAAGAGAAAACAACCCAAAAAUGUGUUUGCAAUUGGAUAGAAGAUUGUUCGAUUUUUUUGUGAAGAAUGAGAGGAAAUCUAUGCGCGAGUACUCGAGAAAGGAAUGAGAAGAUAUAUUAAUCUGGUGACUGGAUUAAGGAUAAUAACAAUGAAGAUAAUUUACCUUAAAAGACGUCUUUCUCGGCGGCAGUUAUUGUACGGGAUAAUCAUAUUGGCCUUGGUACCUUUUCUUGUUACCUAUAUGGGACAAUUGACGGUCGACUCCGGGAAGGAGCAAGGCAGAGAGAAGAGUGUUCUGAGUAGACACAUCUUUAUGCUGAAUGACCCGGUUCAAAAAAGAUUCGAUGAACGAAACAAACACUUGAAAUAUGAAUGCUCACGACUGAAAAACUACUACGUCGCUCAAAAUUCAGAGGCAGCAGUAAAGGAACACUUGGUCCUCAACAGAAAAAAUAAAAUUGUUUACUGUGCGAUCGAAAAGAUCGGAUGUACUUUCUGGAAACGAAUUUUUCAAAUUUUGAGCGGGUGGCGGAAUGUUACGAAUCCGUUUAGCAUUCGAGGAAUUCAGGCUUAUGAAGGAUUCUCGACAGCAAAACGACUUCCGUUUGACAAAAUCUAUCAGUUACUGCGCAUGUCCACCAAGUUCAUGUUUGUACGAGAACCAUUCGAACGAUUGCUGUCAGGGUAUGUGGAUAAAAUCUACUCACCCAACACAGCGUACUGGAACUUCAUUGGGAAAUACAUUGUGAAGAGCUUUAGGGAAAACCCCACCAAUGUAAGUCUCGAAUGUGGACACGAUGUGACAUUUCCCGAAUUUGUUGAGUACUUUGUAUAUUCUCAGAAUUCUAAUGAACGUCGCGAUGCUCACUUUGUACCCAGUUUUGAACACUGCAGACCGUGUGAAAUAGACUAUGAUUACAUAGGAAAAUUAGAAACAUUUCAAGAGGACACUUUCCACAUCUUGAAAAAACUGGACUUGGAGGACAUGAUAAAGUUCAGCGAUUUUCAAAAUGAAACCGAAACCGAUGCCCUUGUUGAUACGGUUGACUACGUCUUUUCAAUGAAGCGUGCUAUUGUCAACUGUAUGCCUUUCACCAAAGGUUUAUAUAGAGCCUGGCGAAAACUUCAAAUACGUGGAAUUUUAAGUAAACAUGUCAAAUUUCCAUAUCCCACGGACAGGGAUGUGGAUGUGACGCCUGGUCAGUUUAAGGAUGCUUUAUUUGCCGCGCAUGCGCAGUCGGGUGAUAAGGAAUCCCGAAAGAAAAACCGUGAAGAAGCCAUGUUAGAAGCCUACAGCACAGUUAGCCCAAUACUGAUGGAGAGAUUGAGAGACGCCCUCCUGAUUGACUCUUCUCUGUUUGGAUACGAAAAAAUUCCCAAAAAGUUGUUGGAGCUGAAGUAUACAGUUCCUGACAAUGGAGGAUUUCGUUACUUCGAUAUUAGUUGAUUUGAUACACAAGUGCAUUACAUUACCGGAUUGUCGUUGGAAAAUAGCCUUUUCUAAACACAGAAAAACGUCAUUACCUAUUUCAUAUAUCACUGCAUGGUAGCCUAGCAAUCAUUGAAUCAAAGAUGUCAAAGGAAAUGUUGAUUUGAUCCAUACCUUUCACCAUCUUAACUCUUAGAUGAUGUUAUUUUCAAGAAUAAAAGUUCUAUGUACCCAG